AUGGGUGCUCAUGCUGCUGCAUUGGGUGGGAAAUGUGAUGCCAUUAAUGUUCUGUUAGAGUCGGGGUUUGAUAUAAACCGCAAAACUAAAGAAGGAAAUACAAUAAUUCAUUUAGCAUCUUGGAAAGGUCACAAAGAAUUAGUGCAACUCUUGAUCAGUAAAGGGGCAAAUGUUAAUGACAAAGGCAACAAAGGUCGCACACCAUUACAUUUAGCUGUUCAAUCUAACAAUGUUAGUGUAGUUGAGGAACUCAUUGAGAGUGGGGCUACAGUAGAUGUUCAUGACAAUAAACAAUGCACUCCUUUGCAUCUUGCAACAGCACAUGCUGGUAUUUAUAGUACUGACAUAUGUGGUGACAUGGCUGCUCAUGUUGCAGCUAAAUACGGAAAAAAAGAUGCUUUAGAGUAUCUUUUAGGAUUAGGGUUCGAUGUAAAAUGCAAAACCAAAAAAGGAAACACAUUGCUUAAUUUAGCCGCUUCGAAAGGUCACCUUGAAUUAGUGCAACUCUUGAUCAACAAAGGAGCAAAUAUAAAUGACCAAGGUUGUUAUGGUUACACGGCAUUACAUUCAGCUGUUCAGUCUAACCAUGAUAGUUUAGUUCAAUACCUCAUUGAGCUUGGAGCUGAGGUAGAUGCUGAAAAUGAUUCGGGGUUUGAUGUAAACGACAAAACUAAAGAAGGAAAUACAAUGCUUCAUUUAGCAGCUUUAAAAGGUCACAGAGAAUUAGUGCAACUCUUGAUCAGUAAAGGGGCAAAUGUCAAUGACAAAAAUAACAUUGGUUGGACAGCAUUACAUGCAGCAGUUGCAUCUAACGACGUUAGUGUAGUUCAGGAACUCAUUGAGAGUGGGGCUAGAGUAGAUUUUCUUGACAAUCAACAAUACACUCCUUUGCAUCUUGCAACAUGA